AUGGGGGUGCUUUGGGUGAAAACACAACAAAUGAGAGAAGUGUGGAGCCAAAAGGUGGUUCAGUUGGCAAUAGAGGCAGCAAUAGAGGAGGUAAUAGUGCCAAGGGAGCAAGAGGCAGUGCCCCAGAAAGAGUUAAUGUCGGGAGAGGGAACGCCAGGCAGCUGGGUAGCACUAGCAGGCUGCUGGACGACACUAGUAAGCUGGGUGGCACUAGCAGGUUGCUGGGCGACACUGGAGGAGAGGAGGGCGACUCCUUGCGUCGUGUACAAGAAGGCAGAGAAGUUUUGGGUGGGCAACGCCCUUGGCGGGUGUGAUCUGGUUGGCGACACCGGCGACACCGGAGGUCUGAGCGGUGCCCUUCGCGCUAGAGGCAACACCCAUGACAGCCUAAGCGGUGAUGCCAGGAAUGGCAGAAGUGGAGGCGUUGCCCUCGGCGUGGACCAGGCUAGUGUGAGCGUUGACAGCACUGGUGCAGGCGACAAUGCUGGGAUGCUAGGUCCUGACGAGCGGUUGUCUGGCAUCUGCAGAGAACAACGAGCAAGCAUACUAAACAGCGAAAGCAAUGUCUUGCAUUUUGCCAAAGAGGGACCGUGCUAG